GAACGAGAGAGGAAGAACUCGAAAAAGACAGAAGGCGAAAAUUCGAAGGAAAGAAGAAGAGGAGAACGCGAAGCAAAUGGCGGAGGGCCCGAGCAAGAUGGAAUCCAUGAGGAAGUGGGUCGUCGAGCACAAGCUCCGUGCCGUAGGUUGCCUCUGGCUCACUGGGAUCAGCAGUUCGAUCGCCUACAACUGGUCGCGGCCCAAUAUGAAGCCUAGCGUCAAGAUCAUCCACGCAAGGUUGCAUGCGCAGGCUCUAACCCUUGCUGCAUUGGUUGGUUCUGCAUGUGUGGAGUACUAUGAUAACAAAUAUGGUUCUUCUGGGCCUAAGGUGGACAAGUACACAAGCCAAUACCUGGCACACUCGCAUAAAGAUUAAGAUCUCCAUGUUCAUUCCUGCAUAGCGGAUUAAUUUUGGGCUCAUUUCUGGGUGCUCAACUGCUCAUUAACUAUGUCCCUGGAUGCUGGAUGGUUCUCUUUGCCCCCUUAUUAAUGCAAAAUGACAGUGUACUUGCCAGGGCAUUCCUGGGAAAUGGCAUAGAGGGUGUAAUGGUGAUAUCACCUUCAUAAUUUAGCCUCAGGUUGCAUUAUGCAACAUCACAUUGUGAACCUUCCUUGGAUGUUUUUAUCUUUUUUCCCCAAAGAAAAGCAAAGGAGAGAGAUCCUGGUUUUUGCCGAA